CCGUUUAAACUAUCAAAAUCAAUCCUUUCACAGAUAUCUCACGGUUCAGAUCCCUGUUCAAUCCUUUGGAAGCUACUUUUUUUUCUUCCGAAUUUGCUGAAGUUAUUGUUGCUUAUUAUAUAAAUGGCGAACAGAGUUCAGAUUCGCACAAACAGUUCAGCAUUCAUUGCUAUGAUCGCCGACGAGGAUACAAUUACUGGAUUUUUGCUGGCUGGAGUUGGCAAUGUUGAUUUGAGGAGGAAGACUAAUUACCUCAUUGUGGACUCAAAAACAACAAUGAAACAGAUCGAAGAGGCAUUCAAAGAAUUCACAACAAGAGAAGAUAUUGCAAUAGUGUUAAUCAGCCAAUAUGUUGCAAACAAGAUAAGGUUCUUAGUAGAUAGCUAUAACAAACCAAUACCAGCAAUUCUGGAGAUACCUUCCAAAGAUCAUCCUUACGAUCCUGCACACGACUCUGUUCUUUCCCGCGUGAAAUACCUCUUCUCUACUGAAUCAGUGGCAUCUGGAAGACGUUAAAAAGUAUUACUAGAAGCUAUAUAUGCAUAAUAUUGUCUCAUCCCUUGAAAUGUUUUGCCUUGGAUGUGUUUUCUUGAUUCAACAAUUCUUGCUUUUAAGUUAUGUCUCACUUUUUAAGGGUAUAUUAUGCCAAUGAUCCCCAACCUUUUACCCUCAUUGCAAUCUUAUCCCAACCAUUAUUUUGUAACGUUUCUACCUUAAAACUUGCAAUAAUUAUUGGACAGUUUCAUA